UGGAAUGACAACUCUGCAUCGAGAUUUAAAAAAACACACCCCUAUAUUACGUUGCAGUUUUUGGGGUAUUUCGAAAUCAAACCGGUUUCUUGUGCGGCAAUCAACGUGUUAGUUUUGCAAAAACGAUAAGAUGGUUAUUGCGAUAACAGGCAAGGCUGACUGGGAUGCCAGGAUGAAAGAUGCAGGAGGCAAGGUUGUGGCCGUUGAUUUCACUGCAACCUGGUGUGGACCUUGCCAGAUGAUCAAACCACUCUUUGAGCAAUUAUCCCAGGAUUGCACCAAUGUACUGUUUUGGAAGGUGGAUGUUGAUCAGUGUGAGGACAUUGCCAGUGAGCAGGGAAUCUCAGCCAUGCCCACGUUCAAAUUCUACAGGAAUGGCCAGAAGAUUGACGAGUUCACCGGGGCAAAUAAAGACAAGUUGACAGAACUGGUUAAGAAGUAUAACGCAUAAAGUUAACAUCAAACAAGUUGUAGAACACUACCUUACAAAUGAGACAAGUUACUGAGUUUCAACUUCUCAUUUCUAUUCAAUUGUCUGUUAGGUAAUUGUCGAGUAUACCAUGUCCACAUGUUUUUGUGUAAUACUUGUACCAAUUAAACAAGUUGACAACUGU